UAUAAAUUAAAUGUCUGACGACGAGAAUCAAUUUGAGUAAGGAAACGCUGGAUCAUCCCACACCUACACAGAAAGUGCUGGCUCAUUAAAGAAGGGAGGCUACGUUAUGCUCAAAGGACAUCCAUGCAAGAUUACCGAUGUGUCUACAUCCAAAGCUGGAAAGCAUGGUCAUGCUAAAGCUUCUAUUGUUGGAAAGGAUAUUUUCACAAACAAAACUUACGAAGAUUCAGCCCCAACUUCUCACAAUAUUGAUGUUCCAUUUGUCACCAAAAAGGAAUAUACUUUGAUGGAUAUCUAAGGAGAUGGAUUUGUUAUUCUUAUGAAUGAGGAUGGAUCAACUAAAGAAGAUCUCAAAUUACCAGAAACUGAAGAUGACUUCAAUUUGGUUAAGGAAAUCAGAGACUAAUUUGAUGCUGGCAAGGAUUUGUUGAUAUCCGUUCUUUCAGCCAUGGGAGAGGAAAAAAUUGUUGGAAGCAGAGAAGCUUAAGAUAAAUGAUUCACAUUAAAUAUAUAGUAAAUAAUUUAUUCUUCAUAUAUAA